AUGGAGAAAGCGGCUUUUUCGGAGCCAGGGCCCGAGACCCGCCAGAAUGCUUCCGACCCCCACCAGCCAGACCGGUUCGAGGAAAGGCGCAUUUCCUCCGCAUCCCACCCCCGCACGGAUCUGGAGAACUUCCCCGAGCGGAUGGCGGCCACCGCGCAGGGUCUCUCGACAACGACAUCCGUAGCUGACACCGGUGCGAAUCCGGAUGACUACCCCGAAGGUGGGAGGCAGGCUCUCAUUGUACUCUUCGGGGCCUGGUGCGUUCUGUUCUGUACUUUUGGCUUGGGAAACAGCAUUGGCGUCUUUCAAACGUACUAUGUGACCGAUGCCCUUCGCGAAUACAGUUCAUCCACCAUAUCGUGGAUUACCAGCUUUAUGCAAUGGACUUUGAACUUCAUGCCCAUCGUCUGGGGAUUUGCCUUUGAUAAAUGGGGUCCACGGUGGCUUCUCAUCUGUGGAUCGAUAACCUACGUCUUUGGCAUAAUGAUGGUCUCCCUGGGAUCCGAGUACUUCCACUUCUUCCUCGCCCAAAGCAUCGUCUGUCCCAUCGGCGCCAGCGCUGUAACGAGCGCGAGCAUGUCAUGCCUCGUAACAUGGUUCCAUCGUCGUCGUGCAACUGCUUUCGGCAUCAUGAUGUCUGGGUCCUCUGUCGGUGGCGUCAUUUUGCCAAUCAUGAUCCCGCGAAUGAUUGAGAGUGUUGGGUUCCCGUGGGCGAUGCGUGCCGUUGGCUUCAUGUUUCUCUCUCUUCUGGCAAUCGCGUGCUUCACCGUAAGGUCCCGCCUGGCACCUCAGACGAAGCCCGUGGACAUGAAGGAGUACUUCCGGGGCAUUCGGGAACCUACAAUGAUGUCCACUGUCUUCGGUCUAUUCUUAGUCUUCUGGGGUCUAUUUGUUCCCUACGCCUUUGUUAUCUUGCAAGCCAAGGCGCAGGGUAUGGACGACGGUUUGGUCAUCUACUUGCUGCCCAUCAUGCAUGCCGUAGGCUUAAUCGGGCGUGUCAUUCCAGGCCUAGUAGCCGACAAAAUAGGCCGCUACAACAUCAUGAUCAUCCUCGCCACCCUCACCGGCAUCGCGUGCCUGGCCCUGUGGAUCCCAAUCAAGAGCAACGCCGGCAUUCUAGUCUUCACAGCGGCCUUUGGCUUCCUCUCGUCAGGGCUGACCUCCAUCGGUCCGACGCUGAUUGCCCAGAUUUCAGAUAUUCGAGAGAUUGGCGCCAGGACUGGCACGGCUUUCGCGUUCCAGUCGUUUGGCGCGCUUACGGGGAGUCCGAUUGCGAGUGCGAUUGUCGAUGCGCGGGGAGGGGAUUAUUUGGGUCUACAGCUGUUUUGUGGGUUUUCGAUCCUUGCUUCAGCGGGGGUGUUUGCUUCCGCGCGGUACGUUCAGGCUGGUGGGUUUGAGCUUAAGAAGGUUUGA